AUGUCUGUCGCAUUAAAUAACCCACUCGCAUCAUUAGAACAACUUGAAACGACUGUAUCACGACGUGAUGGCAUCAGUGAAGAACUAGAAGAAGACCUACGCAACUUGGGAGCUGAAUUGAUUCAAAGUGCAGGCAUUUUGUUGAAACUACCUCAAGUCGCCAUGGCUACAGCGCAGGUUCUGUUUCAACGAUUCUUUUACAUGGCCAGUCUAAAAGAGUUUGGCAUUGUGGAAAUUGGCAUGGGCGCCCUAUUUCUAGCAUCCAAACUGGAAGAAUGUUUCGUUCGUAUGACACACUUGAUUACAGUAUAUGACCUGAUUAUUCGAAAAAUGAAGGGACAAUCCAUCAAGGUGCCCUUGGAUGCAUUCUCUCAGAAAGCCUACAAUCUUAAAAAUAUGGCGAUUGCAGCCGAGAUGCAGAUAUUACGGCAGUUAGGCUUCAUCGUACACGUGCAACUGCCUUACAACCAUAUGAUCAAUUAUCUACGCAUUUUGGGACUAGAAGACAAUGAAGAAAUAUCUAAACGCGCAUGGAACUACCUGAACGAUGGACUGAGGACAACAAUUUACGUGACAUAUGAGCCACCCACCAUUGCAUGUGCUGCUAUCUGGCUAUCGUGUAGAGAACAAGGCAUCAAGUUACCCACAUCGCCAGGAAAAGAAUGGUGGCUCUUGUUUGAUGUCAACAGCAUCUAG